AUGACUGUACACUCGGAGGUCAGUGAAAUCAUAUUGUUGCUCAACUUUUCUUCUGUAGUCGCCGACGUACUGCCCAUAAAUUUGAACACAAGUGAAGAAAAUGACUGCAUCAGGAAAGAGGAAACCAAGAAGCGAAAGAAGUACAAUGCUUACCAACCCAACUAUUUUCUGUCCAUUCCAAUCACCAACAAAGAGAUUACAAAUGAAGUUAAGAUGCUUCAAAACAAGGUAAUACAACAAGAUAAACGACUGGCUGCAGCAAUGGUGCGUGAUGGUUCCCUUCAUAUCACCUUGCUGAUAAUGCAGUUAUUAGAUGAAGAUGAAGUGAACAUGGGGAUUGAUACGCUUUUGGAGUUAAAACCAGUCAUCGAGGAACUCCUGCGAGGAAAACAUGUGAUUCUGCCUUUUCAAGGCGUGGACACAUUUGGAGACCAGGUUGGAUUUGUGAAGGUGGCGGAAGGAGGUCACUUGGACCUACUUCUGGAGAUAGCAGAGGCUGCAGAAAGGACAUUUCAAGCAAAAGGCAUCUUGGCCGGGGAACACAGAGUUUAUAAACCUCAUUUGACCUUCAUGAAAUUGUCAAAAGCACACUGGCUUCAUAAGAAGGGAGUGAAAAAGAUAGAUCCUCAAUUAUAUGAAAAAUUUAUCAGUCACAAAUUUGGAGAAGAAAUGUUACACCGCAUAGAUCUUUGUUCCAUGGAGAAGGAAAAACAAAGCAAUGGUUAUUAUCACUGUGAGUCUUCAAUUGAGAUUGCAUUCUGUGAUAAAAAUGACACAAGCGGCUCUUUUGCUGGGUCUGUGAAGAUGGAAACAUCUGCCCCGCGUGCUGGAAGCCCUCUGGUGCCAACGAGGGCACUGCACUCCGUGUCCCAAGAGAUACAACUGGGGCCCUUGGGAGAUGCACACACUGCUACGGCCCUAUCCAGUCAACGAAACUUUGAAGGGAAUGUUAAGUCCUUGGACCUUACGGAGUUUGAAAAAAAGCAGUCAUGGUGGCGCAAGCUAGUUGGACACAAAAAGCACAGCACGGUUCCCCAGCUGCUCAUUGGAGGCGCCACAGGCUGGUGCACAGGCUUCCUCUUCCAGAAGGUUGGGAAGUUGGCAGCAACAGCUGUGGGAGGUGGGUUUCUUCUCCUUCAGCUUGCAAACCAUACUGGCUACAUCAAGGUUGACUGGCAGCGAGUGGAGAAGGAUAUGAAGAAAGCCCAAGAACACCUGAAAAGCCCUAGGAUGCCUAGUGAGGUGGAGAGUAAAACUGAGGCUGUGGUGUCAUUUGCGAAGAAGAAUAUUCUUGCUACUGGGGGUUUCUUGGGAGGCUUUCUGCUAGGCUUGGCCUCCUAAGGCAGACAGCUUUGCCUCCACUGUUUCUGCUUGGUUUUCACCCAUAGUCAUCACCAGAAACCUCUAUACUUCCUCAAGGGACACCGAGUCUCUCCUUGUCUCCCUCUCUUCCCUGGGGUUCCUCCUUGCACUGGUAGAUCUGAAUAACUUGCUUUUUUUAUAUUGUUGUUUUCUUGUGAUUAGUUGUUGUCUUGAGUGUGUACCUCCCUGGGGCUUUGUUCACCUUAUAGGCCUGUCUGUUCCUUGCCUUUUCGUCGGUACAAGUUAACUUAGAAUGAACCUAGCUUGGAUUUGCUGAUGAUACAAGAGACACUAGAUAGUAUAUUCUUUUUCCAGCACAUUUUUCAUGGUAGCUAAUUUAAUUUACAUGCCAGCAAGAAUUUCUUCUCCCCUGACAUGAAAUGUACGAUGACUUACUGAAAAAGAUGAGUGGAGCUUCACAUGUUGCCACUAACUGUAGAUUUGAUAAAGAAAUUGCAAGUCUUUAAUUUGAUGCCUGUAAGCAUAAAAUUAAAAAAAGAAAAAAGAGAAAAAAAUUACACGUGCAAAAAUAUCCCAGACUGACAGCAGCAUCUGAUGAGUUGGGUGAAAUUGAUACUCUGAAAUGAGAUAGAAGUAUUUCUUUCGUGAUGGCAAAGACCAAAGAAUGUCUUGUUUUCUGAUGCACAGGCUGACAAGAUGACUAAGAAAAUUGUAUUUACUUAGACUGAUUAAGAUGAAUCUAUUUUAAGCAUGUUAGAAGACAGAAAAGCGAAAAGAUAGUUUAUCAUCUGAGGGAAGUGUCCUUCUUUUUUCUUUUCUUGAAAACAUUAGCAGAGGUUGAAACUUUGUGUAAAUUAUCAAGUAAUUAAGGAAGAGCCGAGCAUAGGAUAUUUAAUUAUUUUAUGAUGCAGAAAUUGGGUGGCUAUAUAAUUUAUCAUGCGAAUGGAAUACUUGUAAGUAUGAGAGGGGGAUCAAUUAAUUACUGAGAUUAAAAAAGGGGGAAAAAAUCGAACCAAGACUAUCCUGAUUAAACUGGGGGUUAGGCACCUUACCUAAAAAAGCAACAUGUUUUUUAGAAAGAAAACUGACAUGUUAAAAUACUCUUUCAAAUGCCAUUCUUGUUUCCUUUUGUAACUGAUUUGCCCUCUGAAAUGCUUCUUUCUGAAAUUAUGUCUGAAAUCAGAUCGUUUUAUGUCCCUAAUAAAAAAUGAAAAACAACCUGUAA